GGAGAAUAUUUGUUUUCUACGAGGUGGAUGAAUCCGUUUUGCUAUAAUAUAAGGUUUAUGUAAAGACUCUUUCAAUAUGAAUUAAGCAAACUGUAGACAUUACUCACUAAAACUUUAAGGAAUUGGUAUUCCUUGAAACUUUGAAAUUAUAACCUCUCAAACGAAAGUCCCAAGCGACUUCCCGACAAUUAUUUUAAUCAUGUAUAACCUAAAAGAUGCGUUUCUAGAACAUAGAUUUGGUCGAAACAUGAGAAUGUAAAUGAUGAACAAGAGUUGCAUGGAGAAUCGAAAGUCAAACGCCACCUUUGCAUUUUAAAUUCUUUUUAACCCCUAUAAAAUCACAUCAAGAUGAAGAUAAAGAUCAAAGCAAACGAAAGAGAAGUAAUUGAGAAAGAUACACUAUGGACAGAGUUGGUUCUUCUAAGGGCAAAACCAUGCAUGGAGAUGAAGGAAACGACAGCGCAGAGGUCCGAUACCGUGGUGUAAGGAAGCGACCAUGGGGUAAAUAUGCAGCUGAGAUUCGGGACCCGAACAAAAACGGGCAGAGGAUAUGGCUGGGGACAUUUGAUACAGCGGAAGAAGCAGCACGUGCUUAUGAUCAAGCUGCCUUCAGCCUAAGGAAUCAUCUUGCCACGCUCAAUUUUCCAACCGAGUACUUGUCAAAACUCCCUGACCCUCCUUCGUUCCGGCCACCAUCUAAGUCGUAUUCAUCUUCAUCGGGUGUUGAAAGAGGAUCAGGUUCAUCAGUCGGAAAAGAGAAACAUGUGAUUGUACUUGAGUACUUGGAUGAUCGUGUGUUACAGGAUCUUCUUCUGGAAACAUCAAAGGAGAAGAAGAAAUGAAGAUGCGGUUUUCCUAAUAAUUCAAAUGCACAUGACAUUCGCAUCUGUGUUUUCUUAAUCGGUAACGAACUAAUCUUCCAGUGAGUUUUUUUCCCCAAGAGUUUCUAUAUUAUGCUCGACAGGCUUACUAAAUAGAUAGCAUAUAUACAAACAGAAGCCAACUUGUUGUUGAGCAGUGUUUGCUUCAUAAAUACUCUAUGAUACUUUAUCUCAAAACUGUGAACUCUAUUAAUAAACCU